AUGGUCAAACUUACGCUUCCAUUACUCGAUAAUACCGACAACGAACCAUCCGACAAACCAAACUCAACCCUCAAUUGUGACCCUUCACAAUCGAUUUACGACAACCAAUUCUGUGUCAAGGACUUCUUAUUCUGUUCUGAUGAUAAUCCUUGUCCAUCCAAUAUCCCAUGUGUCGAUCGAAUCUGUCAAUGCUCAUCAUCCAAUACUCGUGCAGAAGACGACAACGAGGAUGGAGAGGCGGAGGGGAAAGGGAAGGAAGGAGGAGCUCAUUAUAUCACAUUAACACCACCACCCGUGAGGAUGUACACAUUAGGUUGUCAUUUUGAUACAAAACGAGAAUUUGCUAGUUGUCGAGAUUAUGAAUAUGGUGUGAUGGAUCAGAAUCAACAACCAAGCUGCCUUUUGAAUUAUUGUUCAGAAACAGUCCCUUGUUAUGCAGGACGCUGUGAUCUGAAUCGACAUGUGUGUACACACAUUACUUCGAAUCGAAAACCUUUACCGCCCUUGGACAGCUCAACCCCUGUCAUCACAUUGGGAGACGAUCCAUUCGGUACACAAAAGAAAGGAUUGGAUCCAGUAUUGAUCAUUAUGUUGGCUGUAGCUGCUGUGGUGGCUGUGGCAUUGGUUGGCUGUAUUGUCAGGACAACAACAGGUUGGACAAAACAAACCUUCAAGUGGGCAGCCGGUAGUGGUGGUAAUGGUAAAGAAGGAGGAAAUGGAUCCAAACCAAGCUCGGAUGAAAAGCAGAAUAAUAACAAUAGCAAUAUCAAUAAUAAAGCCGGCAAAGCUACGGAACUUCAUGGAGAUGAUAUCAGGUUAAAUGGAAUGGAUCAAGAAGGAAGUGAUUCGUUCAUGAGCAGAGAUUCCGUCCGUGCGAUCAAUCAAAAUCCACAAAAAUUCACAGGAGCACACUAUACACCAUCGCCCGCAUUAGGCCCAACAACCAAUGGCAGCCAUGGUGGUCCUGGUGGUAGAUCCUCCAUGAUAUUUCAGAGCCAGGACGAUAGUGGAAUGAUCUCAAACACCCCUUCGCCUUUACCUUCCCCUCGAUUCCCACCUUACUCUCAAUCCAACCAGAGCCAUGUCAGCAACAAUUCGCUUUUGAAUCCAUUUAGAAACAACGCCAGUGGCAACAGCGGUUCCGAAGGUGUGGCCAUUGAGAUGAACACCAGAACGGGAUCGCCCUCAGCCACAGCAACUAUCCCCGAAAUCAGAACAGACGAGACUGCAAGAGCAGCAGCUGGAGCUAGACUUCGACCUGGGCCUGGGCCUGGAAGACACGACCCAAGGAUAUCGCGGUCUCACAGUGCCUUGUCCCGCGAGUAUGGAUCUCAGGCUGGUAGCAGCAACAGCAAUCGCAUUAGCGCCGGUAAUCAUUAUGGACAGAAUGAUCAUUACCAGGCAACUAACAGCGCAUUACACAAAAGCGCGUCUAUGCAACAACUUGGUUCCAGACCUGCUCCUCCACCUCCAGCAUCUUCCUCCCCUUUUAACUCUACUAUGCCGAUGACUCCCAUGAUUGCUGUAUCUCUCCCACCACAGCCGUCACCAUCACCAUCAUCGGCCUCAGCAAGACAUUCUGUGGUCAUGCUAGGACCUUCACUCUCGCUCAACUCACUUAUCCACGAUCCUGUAGGGCUUAAUAAUGAAAGCGGAGCGGAUUCACCCAUCGUACUACGCUCACAACCACUUCCGCUGCCAUCUCAUAUCAGUAACAGCAAUAAGAAUGGACCUGUUUUCGAUCCUGCUGCCUUGACCAAGUCGGCCUCUGUCCGGCAUUCUUUGAUAUUACAAUCAGGAGCUGAGCGUGUGGCAGCGUUGACGGUCCCUGUAGGACAGAGUAUGCUCAAGCAUAGUGCCUCUGUCCCUCAGAUGUUUGUGUCUUCUCCUACUUCUCCUUCUUCCAGUCAAGGAGGAGAGAGUUCUGGGUUCGGAUCAAAAUCAGAAUAUGUACAGCCCGAGUCAUCGUCGUCAUGA